UUCCAAUUAAGCUGCCCCGAAAGAGGAUUUUCGUUUUUCACUCCACAUUCCGGUUAACGACGGCCCACGACACCUGCUCCAGAUGUUUUUCUCCUUUUCUUCUAGGGUUCAGUGGAAAAAUUAGGGCUCCUUCCUUCUAGGGUUUACCUGCAUAAUUUCACCUACUUAGUGUGUUAUUCGUUCAAUUUAAACUCUUAAAAUGUUCUCCAAGAGGAGAGACUACCCUCUCUCUGCUGCCAUGAUCUAUAGCCAGGAUAGGUGAUGUCCCAUGCCUGGAUCGUUCUGGAGCAGCUCGAAUCUAUCGAAGCCAUGUCGACAUCUAAGAAGUUGAUUACGAGGGAGGAGUGGGAGAAGAAGCUUAGGGAUGUGAAGAUCAGGAAGGAGGAUAUGAACAAGCUGGUGAUGAACUUUCUUGUGACGGAAGGCUAUGUGGAGGCUGCUGAGAAAUUUAGAAUCGAAUCUGGCACUGAACCGGAGAUUAACCUUGCUACAAUUGCUGACCGCAUGGCUGUCAAAAAGGCAGUUCAGUCUGGUAAUGUGCAGGAUGCUAUCGAGAAGGUUAAUGACUUGAAUCCUGAGAUUUUGGAUACCAAUCCACAUUUAUAUUUCCAUCUACAACAACAAAGACUGAUAGAAUUGAUACGAUAUGGAAAAGUAGAAGAGGCUCUUGAGUUUGCUCAGGAAGAGCUUGCGCCAAGAGGGGAGGAAAAUCAAAACUUUUUGGAGGAGCUAGAGAGGACGGUUGCUCUGCUUGCAUUUGAGGAUGUAAAGAACUGUCCAUUUGGUGAACUUUUGGACUUGUCCCAAAGGCUGAAAACUGCAAGUGAGGUGAAUGCUGCUAUAUUGACAAGUCAGAACCAUGAGAAAGAUCCUAAGCUUCCAAGCUUGCUGAAGAUGCUUAUAUGGGCUCAAAACCAACUUGAUGAGAAGGCAUCUUAUCCUCGCAUCAACGACUUAUCCACAGCAGCACUCGAAGAACCGACCAUCUGAAUUUGUAUUCCAGGUGACAAUGAUAGCAUACAGAACUACUAAGACGAGAAAUCAAGAUGAACAAAAGCUAGAUAAAAAUAUCAAAUUUACCACUUUUAAUAGCGUGCAAUGCUCUUUGUUUUGCAAAAUAUAUGGUGAGUUGAUGUCAAGUGAACUCAUGGAAAUCUUACUUAUGGGAUUUAUAUUCAUUUUCAUUAUUGACUAAAGGUAGGAUUUCUGUAGAUUUUUUCCCAUCUGCUGAAUAAUUGGGAAACAUACAUACCAGCUGCCGCAUAAUUC